AUCAAAGUGAAUUAAUAAGUUUGUUCACUAAAUAACACUAGUACUUCUACACCUUUUUUCAACUCUUGAAAAGUAAAGCAUUUUCUCUUAGGUAAAAAAAAAAUAUGACAACUUCAUUUGCCAUGCAAUCCAUAAUAUUGGGAAGUCCAGUUAAGUUGUCACAAAGUAGAAAUGGCUUGAAUCAGUUUGUUCCUAGCUGUUACUUGCCACGCCUUCACAGGAGUUCGCAUCUUCGUGUUAAGUGUAUGGCUGAGGCAAAACCAAGCACCAAUUUCUCCGAUAUAUUCUCAUUCAGUGGCCCGGCACCUGAGAGGAUCAAUGGUAGGCUAGCCAUGAUUGGAUUUGUAGCAGCCAUUGGUGUGGAGCUAGCCAACGGUGCAGAUUUAUCUGCACAGUUAUCAAACGGUGGAUUAUUAUGGUUCUUGGGGUCAAGUGCAUUGCUAACUUUGGCUUCACUAAUCCCAUUGUUCCAAGGAGUUACUGUCGAGUCUAAAUCUGAUGGGAUUAUGAGUGCUGAUGCUGAGAUUUGGAAUGGGAGAUUUGCUAUGUUGGGAUUAGUUGCUUUAGCUUUUACUGAAUAUGUUAAAGGAGCUGGCCUUUUCCAAGUCUAAGUAUAUAAA